AACAGGUGUAUUUUUCUUGGCUGUUGCUUUUUUUUUUCGGCUUGGCUUCAAAAAGCUCCCUGACAAGUGAAAGAUUUUCUGGAGCCGCUUCAUUUUAUUGCUUUGUUUUUUUGAUUCUUAUGCUACUCGACCAACUCCCUCCCGAACUUUUAUGGUGUGUUUUUCACGGGUUAACUUAUGACGACCUUGAUACCCUUCUUCAUUUCGAUUUCUUGGCUCCACUAGUCCGGCAUUACCUUCAUCGCCACUACCGCUUUCAUUACAAGAUUGCAUCGUUACUGCGGUUGUUCGAAUCAUUGACUCCCACGGAACGACACAAAGAUGAAACCCGAAAAGCCAUGGCGACCCAGUUGCUGCACUUCAUAACAACUCUUGUUGAAAAACGUCCCAAAUAUGAGCACCGAAACACUUUUACGGACCUACUGGAUACUUUGCACCAUCUUGUGUUGCGAAGAGUACUGUCACCGGAUUUGCGAUCCACACUGGAACACGAUUAUGCUUCUCUUUGUCUUGAAAUACGUCACAUCUACCUUCACACUUCCUCCAUUCGUGUCCUUCAUGAUCCCAAAUACCGGAGGCGAAGUACCAAAUACCCCUUGGCACCAUUUUUGCCGAGAGAUUUUACUAGUGUGUGGCGUAGCCACUGUGCAAGAGGGGUUGAAAUGUUGAAUGGUCCGGGUCUGGACGCUGAAUUGUUGGCUUGGCGGGAAACGCGGUUAAGAUUUGCUCAAUUUUUUGGAGCGUUAUUUGAAGUGACGAGUCUUUACCUUGAAUCGAAUUUGGACGGUACCUUUGACGAAUGUCUGCGUGAAGCGUUGGUAACGGGGGAUGUGGAAAGUUUGCUCGUGCUGUGUGUGGCGGCUGACCGACCGGUCGACGUGGAAGCCAUGUGCACCAUGGUCACGCAUGCCGGUGAACAACUGUGGAGUUACCUUGACACCAUGGAAGAUUGGAUGACCACCGAUCCCACUCCACAACAAGCAGCGCCACUGGAACAAUUAGAACAUCAAACCGACCAACUCAUUGAAUCCCCACCCGAAUGGCUUUUACAAGAUCGAUAUAAAAUUCACUCGGAUGCGAAAUUACGCCUCAAGGUAAAAAAAUUCAGAACCACGAUAUGUUACCAUCGUAACUCAUUUUUAAUAUAGUUAAUGGAUCGUUUAUAUAAACAUGGCUGGGAUUGGUUUCACUGAAGCAGGUCUUUUUAAUGAAUACUUGUCCAACAUUUUAUAACAUAGUCCGUCAUCCCAAAAUACAACAAAGAUCGACACCAACGGCAGAGAAAUUUUGUAACCCCUACCCUAAGGCUGCAUGAAUUUUUUCAGUGACUUUGAAUUGGAAAUGGAGCAUUUUUUUUUUUUCCUUUUUUUUCCUUCCCGUCUUCCAUGCGGGGCAUUGGUCAAAGGUUCUAUCUAUUUUCGUUCGUCC